GAUCUCGGCCGGUGGGUAGUCAUUCCAUCUCGGACAGCUGGAAACUGAAUUCCAUUGGAUUUGUUUUGACCACAGUUUCUACUGUUGAAAUAUAAAAUGUUGUCGAAGGUUUUUAUUAUUGCCUUGAUUGUCGGAACCACUAUUGCAGCGCAAGCAAUGGGACCGGUUCCUCCGAAACCUGCAGCAUUUGCUCAUAAGGAAGGAUGUUAUAUAGAAGAAAAAAAUGAUGUAAUUCCUUUUGGACAGAGCGUGACUGUUGGACACUGUACUGAAAUAACAUGUGGAAGGAAGUGGAUGAACUACAAUUCAUGCGGCUCCACGAUGGUCGAUAUCCCCAAUUGCCACUUAGUUGAAGACUUAUCCAAACCCUACCCAGAUUGCUGCCCUAAAAUUAAGUGUGAGGCCGCACACUAAGGCGUCAAUUACGGAAACGCGACGCGUCGUACGGUCUGCUAUACAUUGCUUGUAAUGUUUAUGUGUUUGUAUUGGCGCGGGCGACGACGCGAACUGCUGCUGCUAUGUACGACGAAUGAACGGCGCGCGUGUUACCCCCGAUACC